AUGGAGGAUGUAUUAAUAGGACCAUUUGAUGAAGAAUCACAGGAAUUACCACUGACUCGCGCAACUAAAAGAAGAAGGACUGAAGAAGGAAGGGAAGAACAGCCUUCCAAUGGAGAAGAACCUCUGUCAACAAGAAAAAGAAAGCAAGAUCGCGUAUUAGAUUAUUUAAAAAAAAUUGACAAGGAAGUUGGAGACCUUCGAAAGGAAAAAAUUGUUGGAGAAAUUGCAAGCAAGUCAAUCGAAAACAUAUAUCCGAAUGAUGAUACUCUUAAAGCAACUGCGACAAGUUACUUAAUAAAAAAAUAUUCGGAACUUUUCGAAGGCUGGAAAAAUAGUCACUGGACGUUUUAUUAUGAUUUAAUUCUUAAAGGAAGA